AUGACCCGACGCGCGACACCGUCCCCGCGCGAAGACUCCCAAUUGUUGACUGAGAGCUCGACAACCACGUCUAAGCCGGAUGACCAGUCAUACUGGCCAACUAUUGGAAGCAAAAAUUUGAUUCCAGGAUGGCUACGUGAUAAUGACUAUAUUUUGGAAGGCCAUCCGAUGCCGACAUAUUCUUACAAACGAUCCUUGCGUCUGUGGCGUUGUUUACACAUGGAAACAAUGAACAUAUGGACUCAUCUUCUGGGCUCAAUGGCCUUCGUCGCUGUUGGUUUCACCCUGUAUUAUUCUGUCUCGCUCUCAAAAGACCUCAAUUUCACCCACGGCGAUGUAUUUGCGUUCGGAUCCUUCUUGACCUCGGCAACCAUCUGUUUUGCCCUCAGCGCUGGAUUCCAUACCCUAAGAAGCCACUCAUACAAUAUCCACCAUCUCUGGGGUAAAAUGGAUAUUCUCGGCAUUUGUUUCCUCGCUCUCGGAGCUGGUACUUCUAUGACAUAUUACGCAUUUUAUUGCAGACCCUUCGUCCAGCGGGUGUAUUGGGGACUCAAUAUCUUCUCCGCGAUUGGCGCUGCUGUCACUUUGUUUGACACCGGGGGUGGAGGCAACAAAAUGAGAACUCUGCGAGGAGGUGUCUUCUCCUUGCUCGCUAUCUCUGCCAUGCUGCCUAUUCUUCAAAGUGUGAUCGAGUUAGGCUGGACUCGUGCGAGUAAUGAGAUUGGGGCUGGGUGGUAUCUUGCAGAAGCAAUCUCUCUCUUGAUCGGAGUGAGCGUUUUCGUCUGUCGAUUCCCAGAGAGACUGAGCCCCGGGACGUUUGAUAUUUGGGGUCAUUCACAUCAGCUCUGGCAUACAUUUGCUGUGCUUGGCGGUGCUUUUCAUGUUGUCGCUUUGGUGGCUGCAUAUGACUACCGUCGGAUGCACAAAAUUUGUUGA